UACAACUUCCUCUUUCCGCCAUAUUGCAGAACCGGCAUCAUGGUGCGCAUGAACGUUCUCGCAGAUGCGCUUAAAAGCAUCAACAAUGCGGAGAAGCGUGGAAAACGCCAGGUCCUCAUCAGGCCUUGCUCCAAGGUGAUUGUGCGCUUCCUAACCGUCAUGAUGAAGCACGGUUACAUUGGUGAGUUUGAGAUCAUUGACGACCACAGAGCCGGUAAAAUUGUCGUCAACCUCACAGGAAGGCUGAACAAGUGUGGCGUGAUUAGUCCACGUUUUGACCUCCAGCUCAAGGACCUGGAGAAGUGGCAGAACAACUUGUUGCCCUCAAGACAGUUUGGAUACAUUGUGCUGACCACCUCUGCUGGCAUCAUGGACCACGAAGAGGCCAGGAGGAAACACACAGGAGGCAAAAUCCUUGGAUUCUUUUUCUAAAUGUAAACAACUGCUAAUAAAAA